UCCUCCUCGAGUCCCAGAGCAAGGCCAAGGUCUAGGAGGCGGACGCAGACGGGUUAGAGUGGCUGUCAUCUCCUUCCCUCCAGCUCCUCUUUCCUCCUCCUCCUCGCACGUCUUCCUCCUCUAGCCAUGGAUCUCAAGAAGCUCGCGGGUCAGGCGGGGCAGUUCUUCACCCGCGCCGUCCAGUACACAGAGGAGAAGAUUGGCAGUGCAGAGAAAACAGAGUUGGACCACCACUUUGAGUCCCUGUCCCUGCAGUCUGAUGCAGCGCGGCAGUGGACGGAGAAGCUGGUGACUGGUGCAGAGGCUGUGCUCAUCCCCAACCCAGGGAACAGAGUGGAAGACAUGAUCUUUGAGAAGAUAGAGAAGCGGCGGCCCAACAGACUCAGCAACCUGGAGUACCUGGGCCUGGAUAUGGUGCAGGCAGGCAAUGACUUUGGCUCCGGCACGCCCUACGGCUCGGCGCUCCUGAAGGUGGGCGGGGCUGAGCAGCGUCUGGGCUUGCUGGAGCGGGAGUUUGUGAGCAAUGCCAUCCAGGGCUACCUGCAGCCCAUGAGGAAGUUCCUGGAUACAGAGAUGAAGACAAUCACCAGGGAGAGGAGGCUGCUGGAGACAAAGAGACUUGACCUUGACUUCUGCAAGAGUCGGCUGAGGAAGGCGCGCUCCAUGGAUGGCCAGUCCUCGCAAAAGGAUGCAGUGGACCCCAAAGUGUUGGUGGCUCAGGCGGAAGCAGAACUGAGGAAAGCUCAGGCUGAUUUUGACAGGCAGACUGAGAUCACCAAGCUGCUGCUGGAGGGUGUGAGGUCCUCCCAGGCGGCACACCUGCAGCACCUCAACGAGUUGGUGGAGGCCCAGGCCCAGUACUAUGAGCAGUGCCACAAGGUGAUGCAAGACCUGCAGAAGGACAUGGCCAGCCUUGCCCAGAAGCCUGAGAAGGCUGCCGGCGGCCCCACCGCUGCCCCCGACCCCGCCGCCGCCCCUGUCCUGUCUGCCGCCCCAGACACUGAGGCGCAAGAGGCGGCUGGGAAGGGGCCCUGGAGGCGUGCCAAGGUGGUCUGCGAUUAUGAUGCCACCAACAGAGAAGAAAUGAGUCUCAUGAUGAAUGAGGUUGUGCAGUACACUGAGCUCCAGGGGCAGACCACAGACUUUGUCACUGCUAAGCGUGGGACCCAAACGGGGCGAGUUCCAAGGGCUUACAUUGAGCCCCUGGAUGACUGAGGCCUUAGUGCAAUGUUUUCUUGUUACAGUGUUCCCAUCCUGUGUGCAUGAGUGUAUUUAUAUAGGGAAAGAUCUACAAUAUCUGGCAGUUACACAGUCUGAAGACAUUGGCUUUAUGAGUGCCCUAAUCUGAACAACUUCAAAAGUUUGAUUUUUUUUUCCACAAGGCACCAAAGGCUGUACUGAAGCUUCUUACAUAGCCUUUUUUGGUUAUGAUGAAGCUCACAAACUUCAGGAUACUGUACACAAACUGUGUAUCUUGGUGUUCUGUAGAAUACCUAAUAAACUGAAAGAGUGCUUUGGCUUGGGCACCCACACAGCCAUUGUGUUGGACUGUGAAACAGCCCCCUGUUUGGUUCUUUGUGAACUUGAGUGUGUGUCAUUUAGCAUAAAAAUGCUUUUAUUUUGAUAUUCUUGUAGCAUAUCUGCAUGUUUAAGGCUGGACAUCCACGUGUCUGUAAUCUGUGAUCCGUGUCCACACCCGUGUCCAUAUCUAUGUCUGUUGCAUUGUCUUAAGUGUGCAUCAAAUAUAUUUGAGUUUAGUUUAGUGAAGUUAUGGGGUGGGGUGUUACUAAAGGGAAGAUGUGGUGCUCUUGUAGGAUUAAUGAAUGCUUCUCAGCAUUUUCCCAGUUGUUCCAUUCUUCAUUAACACGGAUCACGGAUCAUCAACGAAUGGACAGCUGGCCUAAGUGAGAGUCUGCAUGUCACCUUCAGCAGUAGUUCUGAACACAAUAAAUAUUAGUUCCUUUUUUUCAUAUACAGAUGCAGGCAUUAGUAGUCUUAAGUUGAAGCCCUCAUACUGGCUACACAGACAUCUCCUCAGCUUACCUGUUGUCUGCCAGAGUAAGAUAAGAAGGAGUGCUGUUUUAGACUCUGUAUAAAACCAGAAAGACCAAGUCACUAGCAGACAGCCUGCUGUCCCCUGGGUCCUGGUCCUUCACUGCUUGGAUGAGCCUACUUUUGGUAUUUUGAUGGAAAAGAUGAUGUAAGCUUUGGAAAUAACCACAUAUUUAAAGAAGCAGUUGGUGUUGACAUCAUUGUUACCCGGAAGAGAGGGUGAGGGAGGGUCUAGGGACAUUGGGAUAAGGUUCCUGGCAGUGUCUUGAGAACUCCUUGGUUCCUCCAUGCCAGUGGCUCCCAACCUUCUGUAGACUGCAGGCCACACUCACCAAGGAGGGGGCCCAGAUACACACAUCCACACACACACACAUACACACACACACACUGGCCCGGUAGCUCAGUGGGUAGAACAUCUGUCUAAAAAAUCAGAAGGACCGGGGUUCGAUUCCCCGGCUGGGUGAAGAUAAGUUGGGUUUAUCUUCUUUCAUGUGUAGCCCCUGUUCACCUAGCAGUGAGUAGGUACGCGAUGUCUAGCAAGGAGUUGUGACCUCGUUGUCAUGGUGUCUUGUGUGUGAGUGGUCUCAGCCCUACCCAAAGAUCGGUACUAUAAGCACUGUGCUUCUCCGUAGGGGAACGGCCGGCUGUCUCGAGAGACCUGAAGCAGACCAAGAGGUGAAUUACACACACACACACACACACACACACACACACGUGUUU